AGCAGCACCCGUCAAGCACGCACGCAGACACCAUGGCGUUCAAGCUCAUCGUUCUGGCAGCUCUUGCCGCUAUGGCUCACGCUGGAGCCAUCGGCGUAGCUACUCCCGUAGCUACUCAGUACGCCACCCCCGUCGCCCACGCCUACGCCGCCCCCGCCGUGGUGCACGCCGCCCCCGCCGUCGUGCAGAAGAGCGCCGAGUACGACCCCAACCCCAGCUACGCCUUCGAGUACAGCGUGUCGGACAGCCACACCGGCGACGACAAGAGCCAGCACGAGUCCCGCCAGGGCGACGUCGUCCAGGGCCAGUACUCCCUCAACGAGCCCGACGGCACCCGCCGCACCGUGGACUACACCGCCGACCCCGUCAACGGCUUCAACGCCGUCGUCCACAAGGAGCCCGCCCACACUAAGGCUAUUGUCGCGCACGCCGCCCCCGCUGUGCACGCCACCUACGCCGCUGCUGCCCCCGCUGUCCACACCACCUACGCUGCCGCCACCCCUGUGGUCCACGCCGCUCCCGCUGUCCACGCUACCUACGCCGCUGCCCCCGUCGCUCACGCUAGCUACCCCGUCGCCCACGCCACCUACGCCGCUGCCGCUCCUGUGGUCCACGCUGCCCCCGCUGUCCACACCACCUACGCUGCUGCCACCCCUGUGGUCCAUGCUGCUCCCGCUGUGCACGCUACCUACGCAGCUGCCCCCGUCGCUCACGCUAGCUACCCCGUCGCCCACGCCACCUACGCCGCUGCCCCCGUCGCCCACGCCACCUACGCUGCUGCCGCGCCCGUCGUGCACGCCGCUCCCGCUGUCCACGCUACCUACGCCGCUGCUCCCGUCGCUCACGCUGCCUACCCCGUGGCCCACGAGACCUACGCUGCCACCCCCGUAGCCCACGCUACCUACGCCGCUGCCCCUGUGGCCCACGCCACCUACGCCGCUGCCCCCGCUGUCCACGCCACCUACGCUGCCACCCCCGUGGCCCACGCUACUUACGCCGCUGCCCCCGUGGCCCACGCCACCUACGCCGCUGCCCCCGUGGCCCAUGCUACCCUCGCACCCACCUAG